AUGGCACGCCAGGCCUCCAUCCUCGCUCCCACAGCAGCAAGUCUGUCUGAUACGCUUCGAAUACCCUCCUCCGCAGCUCCGUUGAUCAAAUCGCUGGGCAAGCUUUCGCGGCCCUCUCUUAUUUCCCUGGUACUUCAAUGGCUAGAAAAUAAGAAUUUACCCAGCUGCAGGCCAUAUCUACUCUCUGACGAGUCGAAGUCGCAGGAUCAAGAUGACGAGACGAAUCCGUAUACGCCAGCUGAAAGCGUCGAGGAACUAAGGAUAAUAUACGAGGACUUUCGAGGUCGAAAGGGCGGGAAACGGGAGAUAAUUGACCGGAUCCUAGAAGGGGACUGGCGACGAGGCUUAACGCUUCGCCAGCUUGCGAUGGCGGACGCACAAUAUAUCGAGGAGCACCCUACAAGCCAUCGGUGGACGGUGCUCAGGAUAGAAGCAAGCAGCGCUUCAGCGAGCUCUAGUACAAACGAUACACAGAGCGGCAAUGAUGAUGCGACAGCUCUCCCACAGUUUCAGGCUUCAACUUUUCUCAAAGCUAUGCAGCGCGAAAUAUCACCCCUCGUCAAAGCGCAUUAUCAUGUUCACCGAUUUCACUCGCUCCCUCUAACACUUGUUCGGAUACUCGCCAUCGACUCACCUUACCAAUCCCCGCGCCAAUCUCCGUAUACAUUUACGGAUACCUCAAGGUUGAUCUACCUCGCCUUCCCGGACAGCGCACCGUUUAUAUAUUCCUCGCUCGUUUCCAUACCAAGCUCAAAGAAGGAUGGGACUACUAAUACAUAUUCUACCGACAUUCGGACCUUACGGCGCAUUAUCAAUGAUGCGAUCCCCAAAGCACUCUCACGCCCGCAGCGCCGGUAUACGUUAACUUCAACAUCCCUGGCGGCUAAGAGCCUUCAUACCUUGCUUACACUCCGAGGGCCAUGGAGGACGAACUCUGCCAAUGGGGCAUUUACAGUGUUUUCAGACGCGGUUGCUGAAACUGGGCCUCUAGAACCGAGGCUAAGCACCGACGUUCCGUUCACGAACAAUAAUACUGAAAAUAUAAAUCGUGAUACCUCAAAUGACCAAGAGAACCAAACCCUCAACCAUUCGAAGAAACAGAAACGACCCCUUCCAGAACUAAAAUCCAAUGCACAAACACUUAAGAAGCGAAAACAAGCCAUAAUAUCUCGUUUCGGAACUACCGGUGACCCUAAUCGUGUACUCUCUUCUUUCAACCCAACGCUAAAGCCUAUUGAUAGCAGCAAAGGCUCUUCUAUUCCUAAAGUCCAACCAUCCACCAGCCAAUCCCUGCCACAAAUAACUCCCAAUCCUGUCUUAGACCGCCUACAAAUUCAUCUUCAAGAUCAUCCAACAUUAGCCCCGGAUCCAUCUCCUCCUCAUACCGUGGUCUCACUCACAUUCUCGGGCUCAGAUGUUGUAGCGGGCCUACGACAACUGGCUGAGUUAGGUGUGAUUGAUGCUACCCGGAUGCCGUCGUGGAUGACAGGCGAGGAAGGGGUGAGCACUGCUGUGAUUAAAGGAGGUACAAGGGUGUCAUAA